AAACACAGGUUUGGUGGUGAGUUCUAAAAAUACACUACACCUGAAACUACUGCUGUAUUCUCAGAUACUAUCCCCAAACCCUCUUUUAGAUAUACUGUACUGUUGGACGUUGACUAAUGCAUUUUUUUCAUUUGCUGAUGAGAUGUGAUUUGUUGCAGUAGUUUCAAUUCAGAAUUAUGAAUAAACGCCCAUCUAUCUCUUUUUGUAGACUUGCCUAACGAUAUCUCACCUCUACUCCCAUGAAUUCACCUUUGAUUCCAGUGUGAACUGUCAAACAGUAAGGUAGUAAUUGCGCAACGUAUCGCUGUACUGUGGUCCCCAAAGUAAAAACAGAACUUCGUCUCACGACAUCCAAGCACCUGUUUGGUAGCAACAAGGUGAAUGCAAAGGAUGAGGAAAACACAUUUUAAGCUAAAAAAACCCCAAAAAAUAAAGAGACAGUAUUCAUGUUUAAUUUAAACAUGGUAUCGUUGAUGCCACGCAUGUUCUUGUUAAUAGUUUAGAAUUCGCUGCUGCUAUUUUGUUAAUAGGAGUAUGGUUAGAAAAUUAGGAGGUAACUUUACUGUCUAGUUAACAUGUACAACCUAAAUUGGCCAAUUAAUCUGUUUAAGGUAGUCCUCUGAAUAUUUAGUUAAAUGCUUAUUUCAGUAGUUACCAUUUGCAUGAAUCAAGGUAUGCUUAAAAGAAACUGAAGAAACUGACAAAUACAGUUUAGAUGGUCAACAAGUGACUGGUAGAAUGGUAGAGAAAGUUAAGACUUUUUAUAGUUUCCAAAGGGCCGUUUUACUUAAAUUUUUUUUUUUAUAGAUACUACUGGGUACUGUCUCUUUAACCCUUUAAUUGGUAUAUUAAGUACACGUUUUUAAAAGUGUAUACCUGUAAAAGGGUUCAUCCAAUUUUAAGUCUAUUUUGCAUGUCUUAUUAGCAGUUUAACAAAAGUACGAAGUCUCUUUCAGAUUAGAAGUACUUUAUUGCCCUUUCUGUGAAAGUGUCUUUGUAAAAAGAAAAUACUUUAUGCUUUGUCUUGCAGACUGGAAUUUGCAACCACAUUGUCAGUCAAUUUGCUGAUAAGCAUUUUAAUGUUAACUUGUGUAACGGGACAAGACUUAUGUGUACUCAGACUUUAGCAGGGAUAGUUUCCACGCAAGAGAUUUGAAAUUGGAACUUUAUUUGGCUGAAUUGGUGGAUUUUUUUUUUUUGAUGACUUUCUUGGGAGUCGACGUUACUAAGCAGUGUGAAUCCCUGUUUGCUUCAGGGCGAGAUGUGUGACAGAGGUGGCAUCGAGCUCUUACAGUCCUCGAACGAAAAUGGGUGAAGAUCUCUGGAAUGGCAUCCAACACAGGAACUCGAUUAGUGGCUGUCUGCUAGCAUGGCCACAUUGGUCUUAGGCAAAGAUAGAGCCUUGGAUGAGAACAAGUCAAGUAGUGCCAAUGGAUAUGAGGAGCGCAGUAAGAAGAAAAAGAAGAGUAGAAGUAAAAGUCGCAGCAGGAGCCGCGACAGGAAGAGGAGCAAAAGCCGGGAUCGUAAGAAGAGCCGCGAGAGAAAGACGAGCAAGAGUCGUGAGAGGAAGCGCAGCCGGAGCAAGGAACGCCGCCGCAGCAAGUCACGAAGCAGAGAGAGGGGAGGCCGAUACCGAGCACGCAGGAGUCCAUUUGCUGGGCCGAAAUUUAACGGUGGCACCAGAGGGAAGAUUGGCCCACCACCUACCAUCAAACUAAGUAGGAGACGUUCUAGAAGCAAAAGCCCAUUUAAGAAAGACAAGAGUCCUGUGAGGGAGCCUAUUGAUAAUCUAACCCCUGAAGAAAGAGAUGCACGGACAGUAUUUUGUAUGCAGCUGGCAGCCAGAAUUCGACCACGAGAUCUGGAAGAGUUCUUUUCAGCAGUGGGAAAGGUGAGAGAUGUGAGGAUGAUUUCUGACAGGAACUCGAGAAGAUCAAAGGGGAUUGCUUAUAUAGAAUUUGUGGAAGCAAGUUCUGUGCCACUGGCAAUUGGCCUUACUGGUCAAAGGCUGUUGGGAGUUCCAAUCAUUGUUCAAGCAUCACAGGCUGAGAAGAACAGGGCAGCAGCUUUAGCCAACAACUUACAAAAGGGUAAUGCUGGACCAAUGAGACUCUAUGUGGGAUCUCUGCACUUCAAUAUCACUGAGGAAAUGCUUCGAGGAAUCUUUGAGCCUUUUGGCAGGAUUGAAAGUAUUCAGUUGAUGAUGGACAGUGAAACUGGACGUUCAAAAGGAUAUGGCUUCAUUACAUUUUCAGAUGCAGAAUGUGCUAAAAAGGCUUUGGAACAGUUGAAUGGAUUUGAGCUGGCUGGCAGACCUAUGAAAGUGGGACAUGUGACUGAGCGCACUGACGCAUCAAAUGCAAGUUCAUUCCUUGACAGUGACGAGCUGGAAAGAACUGGGAUUGACCUUGGAACUACUGGUCGUUUGCAGUUGAUGGCCAGGCUUGCAGAAGGUACUGGUUUACAGAUCCCACCGGCAGCUCAACAGGCCCUUCAGAUGAGCGGAUCAAUAGCCUUUGGUGCUAUGGCAGCUGUAACAGAUUUACAAGCCAGGCUUACCCAACCACCUGAUGCUGCUAUGAAUCCUGGCUUGAACUUAGCCCUGAACCUGAACCCUGCUAUGACCUUACCGACACAGCCUCUUGCAACACAGUGCUUCCAGCUGUCCAAUAUGUUCAACCCACAGUCGGAGGAUGAUCCAGAAUGGGAUGUAGAGAUUCAAGAUGAUGUAAUUGAGGAGUGCAACAAACAUGGAGGCGUUGUACACAUUUAUGUUGAUAAAAAUUCACCACAAGGCAAUAUUUAUGUGAAGUGUCCUACUAUUUCUGCUGCCAUGGCUGCUGUUAGUGGAUUACAUGGAAGAUGGUUUGCUGGUAAAAUGAUCACUGCUGCCUAUGUUCCACUUGCAACCUACCACAACCUUUUCCCAGAGUCUGUGAUGGCUACUCAGCUGCUGAUGCCUAUUCGCCGAUGAUUGAUCAAAGCCAGGAAAUGCUGUAGUUGAACAUGAACAAUCUUGGAUUGUAUAUAAUAGAGCAGUCAAUCUUUUUCACUGAAUUGAAAAUAGUUUUGCUGAUGUUAAAUUUGAUCAGCGAUGUUGUGAACUUGAGUAGCAAAUUGCUGCCCUGUCCUUUUUUACACCUUUUUUUUAAAAAUAUAUAUAUUAAAAGGAUAAGGAGAGUCAGUCCUUGCAAAGUUUCAUGACAUGAGAUGUUAGAUUGUGGAGUUUUAUUUUCAUAGGACUAUAUGAACUAUAGAUGGGGCUUAUUUAAACUAUUGAUUUAAGGAACUACAUCUCAAACCCAUGUCUGAAAAUUCUGGUAGAUAUUUGCGUGAACUCAACAUGCAUAAUAAAGGGACUACAGUUGUGUUAUGUACAGCUUGUCUGUCAUUGGUCUUAUCAUAUCUCCUUGUAAAUGUUUGUUGUACAUACAGUUGUCUUGUGCUUUAUAGAUUUGACAGGCAGUUACAAUGUUGCAUUUCUUUACUGCAGAACAGUGAGCAAUAUUGGAAGGGUAAGUUGUACACAAGUAAGAAAAAAGCCAAAAAUCUGCUAUUAAAUAAAGUUUAAGAAAAGGAAGUGCAAUGUUACUGUUGUCUGUCUGCAUAUUAUGUUUAAUGUUUUAAGCUCUAUGAGCUCUUAAAGCUAAAUUUACAAAUUUGUGUAAUUCAAAGAGACCACCUGGUAUUUCUAUUGAGCAACAAGUUUUGUAAUCAAGAUUGAUUUUGUAAAGAGUUCUUGAUUAAAGUUCCUUUUAAAAUAA